AUGGCGACUCUUCCCACACGAUUCCGAUCGUCGACGUCGGCGUCCACUUCGGCGAACACGAACCCGAAAUACCUACAAGUCUUACAGACGCUGCUCGAUGACCUCACCCGCCAGCAGACGGCUCGGAACGAUGAUGGCUACCCCGAGAUCUCGACGAUUGUCAAGGGGCUGCGGAACAUUGCUCAGCUGAUAGCUUCCCCCCCCAUGCCCUCGAAUCAAGAUGCCUUUCGCCAUGCUGGGGGCUUCGAAUGCAUCCUCGACGUCCUGCGCGGCUUUGCCGGCUAUCACGACCCGCGGAAGCGGACCCAGGCCGAGAUGAUGUCAUUAUUCAAGCUGCUCGGAGCAUUCCUGAACGUCUUGUCAGCUGCCUUCCGCGACCACUCUGGGAACAAGAGAUUCUUCCGAUACCGAGUCGCAGGGGGCGGCUGGGAAGCCCUGGAGCAGAUCAUUGCGAGCAUUGGCCUGGGAGGGGCAGAGCCCGAUGCUUGGGUUAGCUGCCAUGUCUUUGGAAAGCUUCUCGCCUUCUCUCUGGACGACGAAGCUUUGGAUUUGCUCUGCCAAUCCAUCGCAAAGGCAUUGCGUGCGGAAACCGAAACCGAGGCCAGCCAGGCCGACGCCCCUGAGAACCCCGAAAAUGAUGCCGAGGACGGGGCCGACGAACAGUGGGACCUUGUGCUUGCACGCUCAGUGACUAGCAUUGGGCCGAGUGUGCGAGAAGUGGUCACCCCCAAGACGAUCAUACGCCAUCCAGAGCUGCUCAGGGCUGUCGUGAGCUUCUGGCGCGCCAUCCCGAGAUCAGAGAACUCGUCGCCAAGCCCAUCAUCCCUCAUCGUGCUCGAGACUAUCCUUAGCGCAGCGUCUGUCUCAAUCUACAACCGCGCCGCCAUCCACUCAACAGGCGUUCUCUCGCAGUUUCUCGAGUCUGCUUUCUCAUCCCAAUCCAACCUCGCAAAGGCGGAACGCGACAAAGUGCUGGACCUAUGCCGACUGCUUAUGCACCUUGGCGUGAACCAACCCGCCGAUGUUCAGUUCCUACUGUCGGCGCCAGGCCCAGAGGCGGCCAGCUUCUUCCUGGAGAUGACGUCGAAAUACACUGGCCCUCCUUUCUUCCAGUUUGACCUCUCAUUACACGGGCAUUCUUCCCUGGAGCUACCGACUCUGGGCCGCCCAUUCCCUCCCCAGUCUACGGCGGGAUACACCUUUGCGGCCUGGAUACGUGUCGAAUCGUUCGAUCCGACUGCGCAUACUACCAUCUUUGGCGUCUUCGAUUCUACGCAAACGUGCUUUGUGCUAAUGUACUUGGAACGGGAUACUCACAACUUUAUCCUUCAGACUUCAGUCUUCUCCAAUAAGCCUAGUGUGCGAUUCAAGUCGAUAACGUUCCGUGAAAAGAAGUGGUACCACAUCGCCGUUGUUCAUCGCCGACCCAAGACAAUAACAGCCAGCAAGGCCUCUCUCUACGUGAAUGGGGAGUUUGCGGAACAGAUUCGCUGCAACUACCCGCACAUGCCUCCACUUGCGAACGGGAGCACGGAGACAUUUGCCUCCUUCAACUCCAAUCACAACAAGCACAACCCCGUCCAGGCGUUCCUCGGGACCCCUCGCGAUCUGUCGAACCAGAGCGGCCCGGGUCUUGUCUUUUCGAGGUGGUCCUUGGCAUCCGCCUAUCUGUUUGAGGAUGUCCUUAGUGAUGAUUACAUUGCAGUUCACCAUGCCCUCGGACCACGCUAUCAGGGCAACUUCCAGGACACAUUGGGCGGCUUCCAGACGUACGAGGCCUCGGCUAUGCUGGGCCUGCGCAAUGAGAUUGUUCAUUCCGGUAAGGACGAGAACUCUGAUAUCCUCCGGGCCGUACGCGACAAGGCAAGCUCGCUGCUUCCAGAGUCCAAGAUCCUCCUCGGCAUUCUCCCAUCCGCCACCUUUCCCGAAAAUGUGCAAUACCUCGACACUGGCGUUCUCCGUGCCCUCCCUCGCUCAUCCACGCGCAAUCUGUUCCGCAUGUCAAGCAAGGAGGGAUCGCCACUGGCCAUCAACUGCGCGGUACCGAGUCUCACGGAUGCCUUGUUUAGGGCACAGGGUAUUGCCUCUUUUCGAGGGACGCCAAUUGUGGCUGUCCCGUCCUACUUUGAUGAGAAUCUGUGGCGUCUGGCCGGCUUCACGCCAUUGGCCCUGAAGCUGCUGGAGAAGGCGACAACUGUCGAGGAGACCGUCCACGCCAUUGAGAUCAUGUUCCACUGCAUCCGCAGGAAUUGGAGAAAUAGUGAAGCCAUGGAGAGGGAUAACGGAUACAGCAUCUUGGGCAUGCUCCUGCGGUUCAAGAUUGGACAUUAUUCUGGCGCCGCAAGCGACAAUGCGCAAAUUCCUCGGCUCUCAGCAUCUAACGAGGAGCGCGAGAGCCUUGCCUUCAGGGUCCUCAGCCUGGUGCUGGGCUUUGUCGGCUACAAUCAUGCAGAACCCAUUGAGUCUUUCAUCAUCAACCCCUUAGCAUAUCGCAUCCUCUUGAUCGACUUGGAUAUCUGGCGCAAGUCAGGGCCACGCGUCCAGGAACUCUACUAUAAACAAUUCGUGACCUUUGCCGUUAACAGUAAAUUUCAUGACUUCAACAGUAGGAGGUUGUUACGGAUGAGAAUUGUAAAGCGGCUGCUGGACGCCAUGAAGGGCGAGGCCAUUUCUGAAGAAGUCGUGCCCCAGUUCAUGGGAGCUUUCGAAGCCCUCGUGAGAUCGAAUCUGAGCCAAGAAGUCAUGCGAUCCUUGUCACUCUUCAUUACGUACGCAUUUCACCUGCCCGUAUCCGUGGGUUCGCGGACUCCAAGACUCUCUUUGGCCACUUCGCGAUCCAGCACUCCCGGCCCCUUCAAGCGAGGAGCUGCGGAUGGGAGCGAUAACAACAGCCCGUCCAGCGGUAGUCGAACCGUGUCGAAAAAGCAGCUUGGAACCAAGGUUUUGAGCCUUUACUCCAGAAUCCUCUGCGAGAGAGGCAACUUCAACAACAUCAAGAAGUUUGCAAAGACUGUCACGAACAAGUGGCUUCUCUAUCUCCUUGCCGAUGAUGAUCCCGAGACUGUCGUCCAUGGUUGCAAAAUCCUAGCCCGCCUUCUUGUUGUCCACGGAUCGGCUUAUACAUCGAAAUUCGCUGGCAAGUCUGGCGGAUUCACCAUCAUGGCGAACCGGCUGAAGAGGUUCUGGGAUGUCCCUCCCUUGUGGACCAUCUGCUUCUGCAUCUUAUUCGGGCAAGACGUGGCCGAUAUUAAUUUUGACAGCAGAUCUGACUUCCUUUCGCUGGCUGAAAGGUUUGACAAGCGCAAAGUUGUCUAUCCCGAGUCACUGGUUGUCAUCACAUCGAUGCUUCAACAUGGCCUGAAGGAUGUGAUGAAGUACCAAGAAGACCCAGAUUCUCCUGCAACCAAUCUUUCGCCGUCUCACGCCAUGGCUAGACCCGUGACUGCCUACGACUCAAGACCGAGAGCGAGCUCCGCGGACCUCGUCAGAGCGUUGGAACCUAGGAUGACACUGUCUCGAGAGAAAGUAGGAGCACAUGCUGGCUUCCUUCAGAACGCCAUCCAAGUCCUGCGAGAUCUACACGAGCGGUCUGCCGAAUUCCGAGACUUUGCUCUGUCGUCCGAAUGGCUUCGCCUGCUCUUGGCGGCUCUGUAUCCCAUCAUAGUCAGCGCCGAUGCUGUCACUCCUGACGUGGAACUGAACUCACGAGACUCUGCUCUGACCUUUGAGGGCAGCGAUGUCAUUAUCCGGCCCAUGGGCGGGAGCUCUGUGCCAGCGCCCAUUGUCAGAACGACUAAUAUUGAUCUUAUGCCGUCGCCGCAGUCUACGCCGCCCAAGGGCACGCCCUUGAGACGAGCGUCGUCUUUCGUCCUCCUGACUGCCCAAAAGACUGCCGCUGAGCCAAGGCUCUCCGUCCCUUCGACGAAGCCUCUUCCCCAACAGCAAAAGGUGCUCGGUAGUAGCAUCGGUGAUUCUAUCGUGGAUGGUAUUACCGACUUGGUUAUGCAUGUGUUCAUGGACCAAAUCUUCGUUCGCAAAGAGUUUUCGGGAUUCGGCCUCUUCAUUAAAAUGCCUCCUGGCUUCCAAGAGCACCAGGCAUAUUUCGAAUCUUAUAUCUUGAAGAGGACAAUAUCCGAAGUCACGAAUGUAAUCCAGACGAGGCUUGAGGGAAUUUGCGAGCCGAGGAUUCUAACAAACCUUGGCCGGCUCUGUACCCAUCUAUGUGAAGCAAUCUUUGAAGGCUGGUUUCUGAACGGAGCAGAGGCCUUGAUUGACUUCAACGGCAUGCUCUUGGAAUUCUUACAACGACCCGAAAUCGCGGGACUGAAAAGCGUUCGUCUGUGCAGCCCGGCUAUAUCGACGAUCCGCAGCUGUCUCUUGAGGACGGUCCUGCUCCGGCUUUCGGACCUCGACAGCCGGCAAACUUCGGAAUCAGAGGCCAAGGAGUUUAUGAACAAGCUUGCCUAUUGGCAAAUGUCGAUUCUUGGCUGUCUGGGAGCUGACGACGACUACUUGAAGCUGCUUUGGUACCAGCUUUACACAAAGCUUAUCGACGACAAAGCCUCGAUUCGUACCGCCGCGGCCAAUUUUCUGCGCAUCAUUCUCGUGCAAAAGCCCGAGGAAUCGAUUGCCCUGAUUCGCUCAUCCUCUGCCCCCGACCAGAGGCAGAUUGUUCGCGAUUUCCAAAAGCUGACAGAGAUGGACGACGAGGCCUUUGUCCUCUGGGUGGACAAGCAUAGACCAGCACUGGACAUGCUCUUCUUUGGCGGCAUGUCGAAGACGUGGGAAGAUUUCGUCAGCGCAGAGAACCACCGCACGAUAGAAUCCGCAAAGUCGCGCCUCGCAAAGCGAAAGGAGAAGCUCAAGACUUGGAAUGUAGAGGUCAUUGGAGCGGAGAAGACUCUCAUCAGCCAUGAUAUUGGUAACAGCGCAUGGAUGAAGAGCAUCUACAGCGGCGAAUACUACAAGUAUCAGCGUCUCAUGCAGGAUCAGCAGGACGACUUGGCCUUUCUCAUGGCGGGCUACAGAAAGAUGGAGCGGGAUUUGCAGCGGCCUGGGGCCGUGUUCAGCAUACCCACGGCACCGAAGUGGAAGCUGGAUCGAACAGAGGGGCGAAACCGCAUGCGCUUGCGUCUUCUUCCCGACUACCCGGUUGGCGAGGACAGAUAUCAGCCCAAGGCCAAAGGCAGCCUGUCGUCGUCCACCGUGCCCUCUUCUACCGCUGCCACUACCGCAGCAGCUUCCGGCAAUAAUGCCUUGAGCACGACUCCAACCUCGAGAGAUGCGACAGGCGCAGGAAGCCGGCCGCCCACGCGCUCGAGCGCCUUCUUGGAUGGUGCCAACGACAAUGAUGCCGCAGCGCUGACCAUGGAGCCCGACUCGACUGCCGACAACCCCGACACCGGGCUCACGGCAGAGGACGACUUUGAGCUCGUUGACGAUCCGAAUGAGCCAAACGAGGGCGAUGAGAACUUUGAAGAUAAGAACCGCAAGGUUAUGCGGCGCCUGGAGCAUGGUGACCAAGUGCAGGCUGCGUACAACGUGUCUCGUGUCACGGGUCUCGAGGCAUGCGAAGGCCUUCUGAUAGUAGGGAAGGACGCCCUGUACAUCAUGGACAAUGUGUUCCAGUGCGCCAACGGCGAUAUCGUGAACGUGUGGCAAGCGCCGCCAGAAGAGCGCGAUCCGUUUACCCAAAUCGUCACCGGGGCGAAGACGCUCGAAAAGCGGCAGAACGCGGGCGGCCGAGAGCAGGAGUCGAGACAUUGGAGAUGGCAGGAUGUCAUCAGCAUCUCGAAACGUCGGUUCCUCUUCCGGGACGUGGCCAUUGAGAUUUUCUUCACGGACGGCCGAAGCUACCUGCUCACCACCAUCAGCACCGCAUUCAGAGACAGCUUGUUUGCAAAGAUGUUGAGCAAGGCCCCGCAUACGAGUGCCGCCCAUUCGCUCCCCAACCCAGAAGAUGCGUGGAGGUUUGACAUGCUCAAGGGGUUUGAGGACUCCCCGCAAGGCCUGGGGUCUCGUCUCGGAACCCUGUUCAACGCGUCGCCGUGGACUUCCAUCAUGAAGCGGUGGCAGCGGGGGGAAAUCUCCAACUUUCACUAUCUCAUGGUGGUGAACACCAUGGCCGGCCGGACCUUUAACGACCUGACACAGUAUCCCGUCUUCCCGUGGAUUCUGGCCGACUAUACUAGCGAGGAUCUCGAUCUGGAGGAUCCAAAGACGUUCCGGGACUUGUCCAAGCCCAUGGGCGCCCAGACGGCUAACCGCAUUCAAGGCUUCAUCGACACCUAUAGUGCGCUUGAAGAGAUUGGACAGAAGCCGUUCCACUACGGCACCCAUUAUUCAUCCGCCAUGAUUGUAUCCUCGUACCUCAUCAGACUGCCGCCGUUUGUGCAGUCCUACCUCCUUGUCCAAGGAGACAGCUUUGAUCAUGCAGACCGGCUGUUCCACUCAAUCGGCGACGCUUGGAACUCUGCCUCAUGCAACAACAAGACAGAUGUGCGAGAACUGAUACCUGAAUUCUUCUGUCUCCCGGAGUUCCUGACAAACAUCAAUGGCUACGACUUUGGCCGUCGCCAAAGCAACGGUGCUCAGGUCAAUAAUGUUGAGCUCCCUCCGUGGGCCAAGGGCGACCCCAAGAUCUUUAUUGCGAAGCACCGUGAAGCACUCGAAAGCCCGUACGUGAGCGAGAACCUGCAUAAAUGGAUAGACUUGGUGUUUGGAUUCAAGCAGCGUGGCGAUGCGGCGAUGGAGAGUCUCAAUGUCUUCCACAACCUUUCGUAUGCCGGCUCGGUCGACCUUGACCAGAUCACGGAUGUCAACGAGAGGGCAAUCUCGGCUGGCGUCAUUCACAACUUUGGCCAGACGCCUCACCAAGUGUUCCAGAAGCCUCACCCGCCCCGGGAGCAGCUCAAGUCGUCGGUGAAGAGACUGGAUACUGCCGUAUUCUCGCUGGCAUGCCUGCCAAACCCGCUGCUGGAGAGCCACGAGAGGGUUUCGACGCUUAUCUACGCGCCUAAGCUGGAUCGCCUGCUCUGCGCCUCGCCAUUCCGCCUCAACCUGCCGCCGUACGACAAGUACCUCGAGUGGGGAUAUGCGGACAACAGCAUCAGGUUCUUCUUCGCCGAUAACCGCAGGCCGGCCGGUCUGUUUGAGAACCUGCAUAUCGGCCAGAUUUCGUGCGCUGCCUUUGCCGACUCCAAAACGCUCAUCACCGCCGGAGAAGACUGCGUGGUUUCCGUACAUGCGCUGCACACGGCACCGGGCAAGGUCGUCGAGUUGAUGCCUAAAUCGAGCUUGUUCGGCCACAAGACGCCGGUGACUGCGAUUGCCGUGGGCAAGGCCUUUAGCACGUUCGUGACGGCUUCGUCAGACGGCCAGGCGUUCCUGUGGGACCUCAAUCAGCUGUCUUUCAUUCGCAAGCUGCCACUCGUGCGGCAUGUGGAGUGUGCGCAAAUCCACAAUGUGUCGGGCGACAUCAUGCUCUGCUCGGGACCUAACGUGAUCCUGUACUCUCUCAACGGCAGUCUUAUUCUCGAACAGAAUGUGUGCUCGGACUCGGAGGACUAUGUCCACUCGUGUGCCUUUUACGAAGGCGCAGGCAACGAGUGGCUGGAAAACUAUCUCAUCUUUACGGGCCAUCGUGGAGGCAUCGUCAACGUGUGGCGCAAGAGCGUGGUGGGAGGCAAGUGGACGUUGGAGCUGCUGCGACGGCUGGACCAUAUCGAUUACAACAGCGACAUUGGAGAGAACACCGCGGCUGGCAUUACUUGCAUCAGUCCGAUGCCGACGUGUGUCUACACUGGAGAUGAUGAUGGGCGAGUGUAUGAGUGGAAUUUCGCCGGCAGAGACAGGUAG